AUGGCUAGGAGUUCAAGGGAGCGAAGCUGCACGAUUGAGCAGUUCACGCGUAUGACACCCCCGUUGUUCUCCGGAGGAGCUUACCCACUCAUGGCUAAGAAUUGGGUCCAGGAUAUGGAGGAUAGACAGUUCUCCCAUGUACAGAUGAGCAGAAGAGAAGCUUACACACUCGUGGCUAAGAAUUGGGUCCAGGAUAUAGAGGAUAUGUUUAUAGUUCUCCCGUGUACGGAUGAGGAGAAGGUACUGUUUGCAAUGUUUAACUUGAUUGGGGAAGCUAAAUGCUGGUGGAGAUCAGUGAGACUUUUAGAAGAGCAGAGACCUGACCUUACGACGGUGCAGCAGUAUGCAGCCAGAUUUGUUGAGUUGUCCCAGUUUGCCCCGUAUUUGGUGCCGGAUGAGGAAAAGAAGUAUUUAGAUCAGUUCAUGAUAGUGUUCAUUGGCGACAUACUAGUGUAUUCAAAGAUCCCAAAGGAGCACGAGGAACUUCUGAGGAUAGUGCUUCAGGUGCUGAGGGAAAGAAAACUGUAUGCAAAAUUCAAGAAGUGCGAGUUCUGGCUGGAGCAAGUUACCUUCGUUGGACAUGUGAUAUCUAAGGGUGGUAUUUUAGUAGAUCCAAGCAAGAUUGAGGCGGGAGUAGACUGGGUACAACAGAAGAAUGUGCAGGAGAUAAGAAGUUUCCUGAGAUUGGCUGGGUACUACCGUAGAUUUGUUGAGGGUUGUUCUAAAUUUUCAGGUUUGUUGACUAAAUUGACUAGGAAGGUGUGA